AUGGUGUUUUUCAACCUGUUGCGGAGAGGCCUAGUUGCCUUUGCUGCUGCUACCUAUAUGAUCCCUACAGCUUCAGGUGCCGCCAAUAAUUUAACCGUUGUCUCCAAUUUUGGCCACAAUCCUUCAAACGUUACAAUGUAUCUAUAUGUUCCAAGCAAACUCGCUCCUAACCCCCCAAUAUUCGUCAAUCCACAUUGGUGCCAUGGAACAGCACAAGAUGCGUUUGUCGGCACACAAUUCGCAACGCUAGCCGACGCUUACGGCUACAUUAUGAUUUUUCCCAACUCUCCAAAUGCUGCAGAUCAAUGCUGGGAUGUCUCUUCCAAAGCGUCACUUACUCACAAUGGCGGAGGAGAUUCCUUGGCCAUUGUGAAUAUGGUCAAAUAUGUACUCAAGACCUACAAAGCCGAUCCCAAUCGCGUCUUUUCGAUGGGCACGUCGUCCGGAGCAAUGAUGACGAAUGUACUAGUGGGUGUCUACCCUGACAUCUUCGCUGCGGGCUCUGCAUGGGCGGGUGUAGCAUUAGGAUGUUUUGCCGCAAACAGCAGUGCCGUCGAUCUUUGGUCCAACGACUGCGCUACGGGCCAAAUCAUCAAGACAGGCUCUCAAUGGAAAAGUAUCGUUCAGGCUGCGUAUCCGGGCUACAAGGGAUUCAGACCAAAGAUGUGGGUACUACAUGGUACAGACGAUACGGUACUCUAUCCACAAAAUCUCCAGGAGGAAAUCAAGGAGUGGACGACGGUAUUAGGUCAAUCGAAGACUCCUCUCACGACGAAAGCGAAUUGGCCGGAUGCGAAUUGGACGACGUGGGAUUAUGGGUCGAAAUUCAGAGCGACGAGUGCGGAGGGGGUGACGCAUAAUAUUCCGACGAAUGAGAGUGUGGUGAUUGAUUAUUUUGAUCUGAAAUGUCGGGGUCCUUCAUGUUACUCGAGAGUUACGGCGGGGACUAAGGUGGGAUUUUCUGGGUAG